AGCGGUUUCUCCUCCCCUCGCACACGUCGAGGAAAGACGCGGAGAGCCGGUGGAGGGACCCACGGAAGGACGUGGGCUGCCCCGCCGCGGGUGAGGGGCAGCUCUGGAGAGCGCGAUAUCCCAGCAGAGGGGGCACAGCCGGGAGCAGGAAUGGGAGGCUCGACGGUCAACCCGCUCUCGAGGUGACUAGAAGUAGAGGACCGCUUAACGUCGCUCUCAUCACAUCAAAUUCCCGCGUUCUUCUGCGCAUGCGCGGUGCUUUCUUUGGCAAUUGCACCCACAAUAUGCGCAUGCGCAGUAUUCCCCCUUCCUCCCACAAGACUGGUUUAGUGCUCUGUGAUCCGAGGACGCGACUUGUGCGCGUGUCCCUAGUGUGACGCAUGCGCAUCCUCACCCUUAUCGCCUCGGGACAGGUCGACUUGUCUUACCCCCCAGCGCAUGCGCAGCUCUGCUCUGCUCUGCUCCUCCAUCGGGCUCCGCCCCGCGCCUCCCGCAGAGCAUGCGCAGUUGCGUAGCUCCCGUUCGGAGCGGCUUGUGUGACAGCGGCGGCGGGAGUCAGCGAGCGCCCUGAGGAGGGAGGCCCGGAGCCCGCCGGAGCCCAGGGAGCCGGAGUCAGCCGGGGGAGGCGGCCCCAGUCUCCAGCACGAUGAGUAUCGAGAUCCCGCCGGGCCUGACCGAGCUGCUGCAGGGCUACACGGUGGAGGUGCUGCGGCACCGGCCGCCCGACCUGCUGGGCUUCGCUGCCGACUACUUCACCCGCCUGCGGGAUGCCCGCGACCAGGAGGCCGCCGCCGGAGCCCGCAAGGGGGUCAACUUCGACGGGGAGCCCAUGCAGACCGAGUCCAACGGCGAGGAGGAGCCCGGGCGGGACGACGAGGACUCCGACUCCGACUUCGAGCCUCCAGUUAUUAACAGAUUUAACAGAAGAGUAUCAGUUUGUGCUGAAGCCUUCAACCCAGAUGAGGAAGAAGAAGAUACAGAACCAAGGGUAGUUCAUCCAAAAACAGAUGAGCAGAGAUGUAGACUGCAGGAAGCAUGCAAGGAUAUACUCCUCUUCAAAAACCUAGAUCAGGAGCAGCUGUCUCAGGUUCUUGACGCCAUGUUUGAGAGGAAAGUGAAACCUCAGGAACAUGUCAUUGACCAAGGAGAUGAUGGAGACAACUUUUAUGUCGUUGAGAGGGGAUUGUAUGAUAUCUUUGUAACACGAGACAGCCAGCCUCGUUGUGUCGGCCGUUACGACAAUCACGGCAGUUUUGGGGAACUGGCGUUGAUGUACAACACUCCUAGAGCCGCUACCAUUGUUGCCACAACAGAAGGAGCCCUUUGGGGACUGGAUCGAGUGACGUUCAGAAGAAUUAUAUUGAAAAACAAUGCGAAGAAGAGGAAGACUUUUGAAUUAUUUAUUGAGUCUGUGCCCCUUCUUAAAUCACUGGAGGUUUCAGAGCGAAUGAAGAUAGUUGAUGUAAUAGGGGAGAAGGUGUAUCGAGAUGGGGAGCGCAUCAUUUCUCAGGGUGAUAAAGCAGACAGCUUUUACAUUGUAGAGUCUGGUGAAGUAAAAAUUUUGAUUAAAAGCAAGACUAUGACAAGUAAGGAUGCUAACCAGGAAGUGGAGAUUGCCCGGUGUCACAAAGGACAGUAUUUUGGAGAGCUUGCACUUGUUACCAACAAACCCAGAGCAGCCUCUGCCUAUGCUGUUGGGGAUGUCAAGUGUUUAGUAAUGGAUGUGCAAGCAUUCGAGAGGCUGCUUGGCCCCUGCAUGGACAUUAUGAAGAGGAAUAUAACACAUUAUGAGGAGCAGCUGGUGGCAAUGUUUGGUUCAAGCAUGGACCUGUUGGAUCCGGGGAAUUAGGCACAGGGUACUUUAGUGCCUUCUCAGUUCAAGACACAGAAAAGUCUCCUAUCAGCAACACAACACAUAAGGAAAAAUGGACACUACAGAACAGUUACUGCUGCUGUCUUCUUGGGCAUUUUAGAAAUAAAUAAGUCUCAGCACAGAUGGAUGGGGAGAGGCUCACUCCAUGCCUCCACUUUGCUGCUGAAAUUUCAUUAUUAGGCUUAGUUUAAAGAUGAUUCUAACCCUUCUCUCACUUGUUUGGCUCAGAAUGGCAUGUCUCUCCAACCAUUUAAGUGCCUGAUGCAAAACCCAAAGUGUAAAAGAUACAGAACCUUCUUUUUCUUUCUCAUUUUAUUGUUGUGGUAAAUCUUCAGAGCAGAUCUGUAAUGACAGGCUGCUUAUUGUCCCCCAGGGAGCAGCCUUCUCUUUACAGUCUGUUAAUAUCUUCCUUUGACGCUUCCUUUACAUAAUGUCAAAAAUUUAAUUGUAGCAUUUGGGUUUGAUGUCGAAUAUAUCAAGGGGACUUGAAAUUAUCAGAGCCAUUGAAUAAGUUGGCAUUGAGGUGUUCCUGCCAUCUACUGAAAGCUUCAGGUACUGCAGUUCUGUAAUAAAACGAUAAACACACCUGGGGGCACAAGAAAUAACUGCUUGAUAGUGAAAUGCAGAAAAUGAAGAAUGAUUGACUUCUGAACAUUUUCUGAGCCGUAAAGAGAACUGGUUUAGUCCUUCAUGCUACCAAACAUAUGCAGAGAGUUUGAUAGUGGUCCAACAGCUCCAGUGGCCUGAAGGUGCCAUAGCUGUAUCAUCCCCAUCUCCAUUUCUUAAAGUGGGCAGAUUUUACUGCUGAGAUGUUGCAGCACAUGACCCUCUCCUGCUUUUAGACAUAUCCUUUGUACUGCUAGAUUUCACAGGGCAUUGCUGUUGUCUGGAUCAGUUUUAAAACUCUUUUUAAGGAGGUUAAUUUUGUGUAAUUUAAAGGAACAAUAUUUAUGUACUUCAGCAGCUCCCCCUAAUCCUAAUAUUUUGUAAUAUUCUUUAACUUGAUUGGACACUUAGAUACUUUCAGAUGCCAAGUCUGUUUGUUAAAUCUUUCAGAAAUUAGCAACAUUUGACUUCAUGAAGCAAAUGACUUUGCUAACUAGGCAGUUGGUGUAUUUGGAGUGGUCUUUUGAUUUAGGUAACAAUUCAGUUAAAGAUAUUUAUCUGUCAAAUCUGCAGCACUUAUUAGGGAGACUUCUGUUUCUAUAGAUCAUUGACCUUAAGGCACAUCCUGAUGAGAUUUUAUCAGAGUAUUAUGGUAUAAAAUAAAAUAUUUAUAUAAAGAAAAAGCAUUGAAUUUGUAGGUAAUAAGUCUAGUGGUCCCCUUUCCAUUUUCAGUCUUCUAAAUUUAUGUGAAACUUACCCACGUUUCUGGGAUGGUGAAAUUUUAAUUGCAGACUCUGAUGGGUAGAACUGAACCCACUGUCUAGUUUUUAUGAUCACCUGAGCAAGGGGAGAGAAUUAAGUUUAUUAGAGAAUGUUUAUAAAUAGAUGAUACAGAGAGUUUGAAACGUCAGUUAUUGGUCAUCAGGGGUAACAUAGAGUAUAGGGGGAUGCUUGUAUUUUGGUAUUGGACAGCACAUAACAUAUACAGUGUGCAUUGUCCCCAAUGGGGGGGUAUACGGUGGGUGAGAUCAAGAUACAUUCAGGAAGCAGUGAAGGUACAUCACUCAUACAAAGAGUUACAGACAGUCAUGGGUAUAAAUAAGCGGGCUGGGUAAUGAGGAUAGGAUGACCCGCACAUGGUGGAGUUCAGUUCGGUUGGUUCAGGGCUCAGGGGAUAAAGUCCACACCAGCUCACUCUUGGUAUUGGCGGUGGCCGGUGAUGUGCUCUGUGUAAAUGUCUCUAGACCAUCGAAUAGUGUCAGAGACCAUUUCCUGCUUGUUAGCAUACUAGAAAUCUGCUCUUUUUAACAAGUGGAAGGUGAAGAGCUACAGCACGGAGUUGGCUGCUAGCAUGCAAUAUUUUCCUCACUCCUCCCAGCUCCUACACUGUUCUGUAAAGUCGGAUCCAUAAUCAGGUUGAGGCUGUACUGAUGUUGUCUAGUUACAGUAGAUUGCAUUACGCUUUCAGAUGAUGGACUGGUUUGUAAUGAAUACCACUCAACAAGGUGUGCCACAGUGGUACCUAGUUGCCUCCAUUCGUAGCACAGUGUGUUUUCCCUGCUUUACUGUGCAGGUUCAGUUCUGCAAAGCUAAAAAAGCAGCAGUAACUGGAAUGUCAUUCAUGCUUCUGAGGUUUAACACUAAAAACACUCAGUCUUUCUUUGUAAAUUGUAGAAUUUAAAAAAAAGAACAGUUGGCAGGUCCUCACGCUGAUAACUGAGAGAUUAGGAUUCAAAAGUAGAUGCGGGCUCCCAAGCCAGGCCAGCUGUGGAUUGUCCAGGCAAUCCAGACACAGGCUGGUCUCCAAACCCAUCUGAGUUUCUGUACAGCUUAAACUGUCACAUGAACCAAAGAGGAUCUCUCUGAAUAAAUAUCCUCAACCAGCUUUGGUCCUUCCCAUAUGAACACUUUCUCGGAUGCCCCUCCCUUGUAUCCACUGGAGUGGAGCAAGUUUGGCUACAUUACAACUUUCAGUUCUCUGCAUUAUAGGUCUCGGUGCCUCAGAAUAUGCAAGCCUUGUAAACGGUACGAAGCCUGGCCAGAAGGAAGCAAAGUCUACUGGGUACCCUUGUUAGGACCUUAAGAAACUUCUGCAGAGGGAGGGAACAUGAGGCUAUGGACUCAGAAAGCUAGAGGUCCCAGAUGAGGGAGAACAGAUUUACAAACCUCUACCCAUCUCUAUGCUCCUUGAACACAGUAGAGUGGCAUUAUCACACAGAGCCAUGUGACACCCAGUGUCAGAUGGGACACUGGUAUGAUGCAAGUGAGCAAUUGAACUUUGAGCAGAGAGAAUGAACCUGUAAGGGCUGGGGGGUCAUCGGUUUAAAGUCCAUCAUUUGGGAUUUGCCUGGCUGGUCUGGUUUGUUUUAACCAAUUUGCUUUGUAGUCUUUUGGGAGUGGGACAGGCAGAUAGGGAGAGGUGACCUAUAGAAUGUUACUCAAUAGCACCUUUGUCCUUUAUUCAUACUCUGUCUGGCUAGCCAAAGUCAGAGUGCUUGAAAGUAGAGAGGAAAAAACUGACUAGAGACAUUGGCCAGUAGUGAUUCAGCUGCAUCACCACAUCCCUGUCUUACUCCAGCCACUUUUGUUUUAAUGUCUCUAAUGGAUGUGUGAGUUUCUCAGGUGGUAUGGCUCUGUGGUCAGUAAAUCUGCCAUGGAUUCUCAGCAAUUGGUAGUGGAGAGAGCUCUAGUUUAAUAAGAGAACUCAGCAGCAAAGUGGGUAAGAGGAUGGUGACCUUGAGAUUUGGAGAAAUAUCUGUCUUAUUUCUGAUUCUCUGCUUGUGAUUGUUGUGAAGUCAGUGAGAGGAGCUUUCAGUGGUCAAGUGCCCUGGCAUAUGGUAUUUCUGGUUAACGUCACAGCACAGGUUUCACAAUGUACAAAAAAAAGCUGUCUCUUUUUAAAAAAACAAAAACAAAGUGCAGUUUUGUACAGAGGAAAAAAGAAGAACCCCUUUGAAUGUCACUUUCCAUUCUCUUUCCUUUUCAGUUAGCUGAUGUUGGGACUCUGGUUCUUGACAUGUAUUUGUAAACCAGUCUUGCCAAAAUACAAAUGUGUUGGGUUUUUUCACUCCAGCUACCUUUUGUUGUUGUUACAGUUAUUCUGUUUUCAGUCACUUCAACCAUAUGCUUUAUUUCAAGAGGCCUUCCUUGUGAUUUCUCUCUUUUACAGGCUGUAGUGUUAUAUCAGUAUUUAAAGAUGCAAAAGAAAGCCACUAGCCUCAUAAGAGAAUUACUGAAAUCCAUUUAGCCUGGCUGGAGCUAAAGAUGUGCUACCAAUAUUUUCCUCCACUCAGAAAAAAAUGAAUUCUGCAUAAAGAUGCUACCUCAAGGCUCCAAGUGCUUUAAAGGUCUUUCACCUGGGAGAAUUCCAUAAGUCAGUUUUGCAGAUUGGUCUGUUGCAUUGAGUUAAAUGUUUUUUAUUGAUUCAUUGGGAGACCCAUAUUUUAUGAAGUCAUUUUACUACUAGUAUUUGAUUCUCAAAGGAUGAGUGAUUGCAAGGAGAUUGAUUCUUGCACUGUCAUGUUGACAGUGGGGGGGG